ACACCUCGAUGCGUGAUAUCAUGCGAGGCAGAGCGGUGGCAGGGGUAGCGCGACAGCAGCGGAGAAAGCGUAGAAUUGCAGUUUUGUUUUGUUAUGAUCCGCGUGCGCGUUGUUGGAACUGAUUCGCGAUCGGCGACGUGAGGAAGGGAGACAAAUCGCGAGACGGUCACACAAGCGCCGACUAUUAAUCUCGAUCGACCGGGAUCCAUGAGAGUGUCGACGCGGCUAUCUCGUGCACCGUGGUACGAUGCGAUAGCUUUCACCAGGAGGUGCUGGUCGUUACCGUCGAGCUGCUGCUGCUGCUGGUGGGUUCGUUCGCAGAUCGCAAGUCCGGGGGAAAGCGUGGCUACGACAACAGCUACAGUAACAGCAGUAAGGCGAGCGUUACUGCUCCGAGGGCCGUCUGCAGUAUGCUCAGGGUUUGCGACAGGCGGAUAUUAUGGCUGCAGGUGAGGCCAGCACGGCAAAGCCUCGUCAAGAGAAACAGUACGACUAUCUGCUCAAGUUCCUGCUGGUGGGUGACAGCGAUGUCGGCAAGCAGGAGAUCUUGAGUGGCCUUGAGGAUGGUGCUGCGGAGUCGCCGUUCUGCAGUGGCAGCGCUUAUAAAACUACCACUAUCCUAUUGGAUGGAAAGCGAGUAAAACUGCAAUUAUGGGAUACGUCAGGCCAAGGUAGAUUUUGCACAAUCAUUAGAUCUUACUCCAGGGGUGCUCAGGGUAUACUCCUGGUGUACGAUAUUACCAAUAAAUGGUCUUUCGAUGGCAUCGAUAGAUGGCUGAAAGAAGUGGAAGAGCAUGCACCUGGUGUGCCAAAAGUAUUGGUCGGCAAUCGUCUCCACUUAGCUUUCAAGAGGCAAGUGGGAGAACGAGAUGCAGAAGCGUAUGCAGCUAAAAAUCGAAUGGCGUUCUUCGAGGUAUCGCCUCUCUGCGACUUCAACAUUCGCGAGAGCUUCUCAGAGCUGUCCCGUAUGGCUCUACACAGAAAUGGCAUGGAAAGAUUGUGGCGAUCUAAUAAAGUGCUCAGUCUGCAAGAACUGGCCUGUCGCGCGAUAGUGGCUCGGACGACGGUUUACGGCAUCGAUCAGCUGCCGCUGCCCAAGUCGAUCAAGUCACAUUUAAAAUCGUACGCGAUGACAACGACGUCGCAGUUACGUUACAAUGGCAACCGCUCGCUAAGUUCCAGCAAGAGUCUGGGCUCGCAUCAUCGGAAGUUGCGCUUCGUCGGGGUCGGACAUCACAACAACGGAUUAUCAACGCCAGGUAGCUCGCCCGGCAGCAUUACGGACUCACGUACGAGCUGCGUCGGUCGCAAUUCCUGCACGGUGUCUUGAGAGCGAUAAAAAGGAGAGCAAUCAGGGUAACGAUUUACAAAAAGCAGUGAUCGGCGUUUCUCCUCUUCAGCUCCUUCCGUUUUACCGAGAAUACAGAAUAUGCGUUGAUGUUCGCGAUGUUAUCUCAUAAUUGGUAAUAAUUGUCACCACGAGAUUAGUGUUAUAUUUAUAAAAUCAUCUCAAUCUCGCCACUUGCCAAUGUUGAUGACCUGCUGCGUUUAAUAUACGCAUCUCAUACACGCAUAUACACACGUACACACACACACAUUCGCGAAACCAGUGCACAACUCCACGACGAUAAUUGACGAGCUUAUGAGAGACAAACUGUCGCAUACCUGUGCCAUCCGUUGUACGAGAUAUAGAGGAGAAGAUGUAUAAAUUAACGUUAACAUGGCAUAUAAGCAUAGGGAGAUGCUUAGGCAUUAGUAUAUCAUUACACAGUGUAUCAUCGAUCGCAGAGAACUCGUAUAAAUUUCCCAUCACGAAAGAGAAAUUCCAGAAAAUAUGAAAUAUACAUAUAUAUAUAUCUCCGAUAAUAUAUUUAUUAUAUAUUAUAUGACUCGAGUGUGGCCAUACUUUAAAGUUCUUACUUACAUCGUUCCGUUUUGGCCGUUGUUUGAAAAAGUAUCUUCUCCUCCUCCUCCAUUUAACAAACGUGUCUCUGUGUGUGGAAUGUUCUUUUAUUCUUUUUUUUUAAAUGUAAGCUCAGGAAAGAAGCGAGUAAUGAACUGAAAAGUACAAGUUCACCAACUCUAACGGUGGUUUGUGGUGUAGAUGAUGAUAGAUAGCGUAAGGAUGAUGAUGAUGAUGAUGAUAAUGAUAGUAAAUGUAGAAAGUUUAGAGCAGCUACAACUCGAGAUAUAUAUUAGUGAUGUAUAUUACAUAGUAUACACAAACACAAGUCCGAAAUUGACAUACACAUGCGCGUAUGUGUGUAUAUAAUAUAUAUAUAUAUAUAUUUUUGAUUGCUUGUCCCUUCGUGAAAUCCUUUUAUUACCAGAAACUAUCGAUUACCGUGAGGAAGAGCGAUAUAUAUUUUUUAAGGAGAUGCGAUUUUAUAUAAAGAGCAAUAAAUCAGCUCCCUCCACGGCACAAAUUUUUUUAUAUUAUAUUAGGUUGAUCGAUUGAUUCUUCGAUGCGAUUCUUUGUGUGUUACGUUUAUUAUGUAAAUUGAAUCGAGUCACACACACACGAAGCAAUUUUGUUUUCCAGGUUCAACGGAAUCCGAAAGCAGUCCGAGUUUACGUAAAUUUAUUUAAAAAAAAGUAUCGUCUUAUUUAAUUUCACUUAAACGUAAGAAUAAAUUAACAUGUACAGUGUAAGAUUGCAGGAGAUGCGUUUGUGUGUAAUAUAGAUGAAUAGAGAUGGAUAGAGAGCUAGAUAGAUAGAAACACACUCGAUCUCUAACGAUGAUCUGUAACAAAUUGCUCGAUGCCAGGGAAGCACAUGAGAUGUAUUUAUAUUACGUUGAACUUAACUAAAUUAUAUUAUGUGUAUAUAUAAAAAGAAUUAUUAUAUCAUAAUAUUGUUUUAUAUAUGAAUAUAUAUAUAUAAAACAUUAUGUGCUUACUUGUCUGUGAGAUAUAUUAAAUAAACUUAAUUUCACACUAUACAUUAUAUGAUGUGUGUAAUCAGUAUGCAAACAUUUCAAACAAUUUCUUUGAGUUAUUUUUAACAAUAACGGUUCAUGUUUAUCACUAUGUAUACAGAUUUUUGUAUUACGAAAGAGAAUAGAGCUUUCUUGUAUACGAAGAGAAUCUAAAGGGUCCAAGUCUGAAGGGAUAAAGUAUGAAAAAGGGGAAGAGAAUUGAAAAUACCGUCCCGUCUGCCACAAAAUGCUUUCUAAUUUAAUAAUAACAUGCUGAUUUUAUUGAAAGAUGAGAGAUAGACAGCCUGCUCUACCUUUUAUUGUAUCAUAAUAAAAGUGUUUUUAAUUUAUUACUUGUAAUAAGUUAAACAAUUGAAUCAAAUUUCUUAUCGAAUCUAAUUACUGCGAUAACUGGCGAUAUUUUCUCUUGCACAUUAUAAUUACGUCUUUAUUCAUCUAAGUACUACAACUUUCACUAAUCGAUAUCUCCCCAAUUGCGACAGUUCGAAUUGUAUGGAUUAGCAAGUCUUGAUCCGACGCCGAUUUACAUUCAAUUAUAUUUACUAUAUCAUAUAUGUUCAACUUUAAAGCACAUAUGGUUGUAUAGUGAAAAUAAAUUUGAGUAUUUAU